AUGAAUACUAUAGAGGAAAACCCUUUUUAGGAGGAUUAGCUUGUAGGCUUCAACUCAAAGGAUAUUACUAUGGAACUAAUGUGUGGCAUUUGCUUCGAAAUUUCAGUUCAAGCGUCAGAAUGCGUCUAAUGUGGAUAAAUCUUUUGUGAAAUAUGCAUCAAUGAUUACAAAAAAAAAAAUAAGAUUAGCAAGUGUCCAACCUGCUGUAAUGAUGGUUGGAGUCUUAAAAAACCUCACAAAGUAUAUCAAAAGAUAUUAUCUAGGCUUUAGUUUAAAUGCUAAUCACCUGGUUGCUUGAGUCCCUAUACAAUUGAUAACUUUAAAUCACAUGAGCAUUUAUACCCUAAUGAAAAUUAAAUAAUGUAUGAGUUCAUUCUUCUCUCUGAACAGGGUGUAAAAAGUGAAUUAGAUCAAUCAUUAAUCAAAUAUUUGGAAAAAAAAUAUUAAAAUAAUGAAAAAAUAUUCAAUCACUAUGUGUAAAAUUAAAGAUAUACUUUUGACUUUUCGAACCAUAAUUCCCUCAAAGCCACCAAAUGCUAAAAUAAUGAGUAAUGUACCAUUAUCAGAAAACAACACUCCAAGCCACAAACCUUAAUCAAAUACAGAUGGAUUUGGUAUAACAAUGAUUAAUAAAAGUGGGAGUUGUACAACCCGGAAUAAAAUCAAAUACUUAACUAAUAUUAUGAAACUUUUAUUUAAAAUCCAGAUUCUAAUCAGAAAUUUUAUCUCAAAAUUUUUGACUUUGAUUAUGAAUUUGAUUUUAAGUAGCUUCACUAAAUAAGAAUUUCAACUAAUUUUAGAAGAAGUAUUUUCAGAAGCCAAGUUUUUAAUAGAUAGAGAUUCAUUUAAUCUUGA